AUGUCCAGUUCGGACUCAGAAGCCAAGAUGAAUACCUCCGGGGCCUCAUCUGUAUCUGCGCAGAAUACAGAUCCAUUGCAGCUUACUUUCUGUCGCCAAGCUGUUAGGAGAUUCAUUUUCAGCAACAAUAUUUACCUCACGAACCUGGUUCCUAGCGAGAUAGUCGACAUCGACAUGAUGCACCCGGUUGUUGGCAACCCUUCAAGUCCUUGCUCGUACGCUAUCCGAACUGGCAAGCUGGAAAUCAGUUCAGGCCUUUCAUCCGCAGCUGGCUCGGCUCGCUACGUUGGAGGCAUCAACCCCUAUGCGACAUAUGAGGUGGAUGUUCAGGACAUCUCCAUUGGAUCAGAUGAGUCCUCCGGGGAGGUGGGCAUCAAUCUCGCCACCAACGACGAUCAGACUCAUCUCCAGAUUGUCGCGGUGUACGAUCGAGCUGGCUCGCCGGUGCUGAUGCGCCUGCUCCGCGCAGGGGAAGUGAUUCGCGAGGACGUCUUGUCCGCAGGGCCCGCACCUGAGCCGCCAUAUAAGCUUCAAGUCCAGUUUUCGGGCAUCAGUCUGAACACCUUUUACACAAAAGAUGGACAGACCAGAUUUCUAGGCCGCAUCCAUCCGAACGACAACUUCAGAGAUAUCUUAGAUCUUCGCCGUCGUUCCACGGCCAUUGGGGCGCGAUAUGGAGUGCUCACCAAGCUUCCGGCAGGUUCUCAGGUCGUCCUCAACGGAGCAGCGUCUUAUCUCUCCGCUGGAGUUGGGCAGGCUGAUAUCCGUCUCAUUACCCGUCGAGACGGCGCACCGGUAUUUGACAACGACAGAAUGUGGUUCAGCUUCUCUGCUCGCGGCAUUGGGACGGGCGACUGUUCUCAAGGCAUCAUGAGCUGGAACCCGAGUCCGUCGGAAUUCAAGUUUGAAGGAACCAUAGUGUUCGAUCAUGGGGAUGGUCUUCUACGCAACGACUACGCCUCCCACAUUUUCUACGACGAUCAGUCUGGGACCUGGAAAGCGUGGUCUUGCGACUUUGGCGGCUCGGCAAACCAGGAAGGAAGGGGGCCCUCGGGGCUCGUAGUAGCAGAAUCGAAGCGAGACCCCCGACGUGGAUUCUCUGUGAUGUCGGCAUCCGUUCUCAAAGAUAUUGCAGGCCAGCACGAGGAUCCAUGCGGCUUCUUCGACUCCGACUCGGGAACGUGGCGACUACUCACCACGGAAUUGUCCAACGGCUUUCGGGCCCAACUGUUCGAGUCUGAAUCAUGGAAGGGACCUUUCACGCCGAUAGCAACGCCGGUGAACCACAACAGCACUGGGACACUCAUUCAGAAAUUCGGCCAGCAGCGGUUUGUCUUUGCGGGAAGUAGUGAGCCUACCGUGUUUGUGUAUUCCUAUCCUGAUCUGCGAGAGCUCGGAACUCUCAAGAUUGAUCUUCCACCUUUCACACCAGGACGAAACUCACGAAUCUGGCCCAACGUCUUCCCUUUACCAGUUGGCUAUCCUGCCCGCUACAUGGCUUUGAUGAUGGAUCGUGCCAAUUUUCCAGACGUACAGGGCGAUACCUGGAGCUAUGGCGCUUUAUACACGUACUGGGCACAUACGGAGGACAUUUCUCACGAUGAGUAUGAAUUUGACCUCUAA